AUGUUGUUAUUAUUAAAUACAGAUUUUGUUUUUGUCCAUGCAUGUGGAGAUUGAAGAAAUGCCCCAUAAAUUAAGGUUUUCACACCACUCACCAUCUUGGCUGCCUUCAGUGGGUUGUGUUGCCAGUGACAAAGCCCUGCAGGAAGAAAUGGCCUCGGUAAAGGCGAAAGAACCAGCAGCAUGUGCGGCUGCAAUAGCCGCAGCGGCAGCAGAGUCCAUAGUUCCGGCAUGUAUGUUUGCACCGGACCGAGGAUGUGCUGACGAUCCAUCCGAGGGAGAAGGCUUUGAAGACGGCGAGGGCACAAACGGCGAGCCCGCGGAUCAUUUAGACUUAAGCAGUAAGCUGGUCCUUGUGAGUCCAGGUGAGAAACAGUAUGAUUCAUUACUACAACAUCUGAGGGAGCGGAUAGAUGAGGGCUCCGGAGAGACAAUCUAUUUGGUCGGAAUGGGCUCAGAUGGAGGUGACUAUGGGCUGAAUGAGAAGGACAUGGAGGCGUCGGUUGCCACAGUGCAGCUGCUGUGUGAACAGAUUGAGGCCGACCUGAUCCUGCUAAGAGAGAGGACAGACGCUGGUGGACAGAUCAGGGACUACCUCAUCCGACGCCGUGUGGAAGAGCAAGAUUUCCUGGAAGUUAGAGUGGCAGUUGUAGGGAAUGUGGAUGCUGGGAAGAGCACUCUGUUGGGGGUGUUGACCCACGGGGAGCUGGACAAUGGCAGAGGCUUCGCCCGCCAGAAGCUCUUCAGGCACAAACAUGAAAUGGAGAGUGGCAGGACCAGCAGUGUGGGCAACGAUAUCCUGGGCUUCGACCAGGAGGGACAGGUGGUGAAUAAGCCAGACAGCCACGGUGGCAGCCUUGACUGGACCAAAAUCUGUGAGAAAUCCUCUAAGGUCAUCACCUUCAUUGACCUGGCCGGUCACGAGAAGUACCUCAAAACCACCGUGUUCGGCAUGACUGGGCACCUACCGGAUUUCUGCAUGCUCAUGGUUGGCAGUAACGCUGGCAUCGUUGGCAUGACCAAAGAGCAUCUGGGUCUGGCACUGGCCCUUAACGUUCCGGUGUUUGUUGUGGUCACUAAGAUAGACAUGUGUCCAGCCAACAUCCUCCAAGAGACGCUACAGUUAUUACAGAGGUUAUUAAAGUCUCCAGGCUGCAGGAAAAUCCCAGUGCUGGUCCAGAACAAGGAUGACGUCAUUGUCACAGCCUCCAACUUCAGCUCAGAGAGGAUGUGUCCAAUCUUCCAGAUCUCAAAUGUGACCGGGGAUAACAUGGACUUGUUGAAGAUGUUCCUGAAUUUGCUGUCUUCUAGAACCACCUGUAGGGUGGAUGAGCCAGCAGAGUUCCAAAUAGACGACACAUACUCAGUACCGGGUGUCGGCACAGUCAUUUCGGGGACGACGUUACGUGGAUUGAUACGGCUCAACGACACGAUGCUUUUAGGCCCAGACCCUCUGGGCGUGUUCAUCCCCAUCGCAGUUAAAUCCAUUCACCGCAAAAGGAUGCCGGUUAAAGAGGUUCGCGGUGGACAGACGGCAUCCUUCUCCCUCAAAAAGAUCAAACGUUCAUCUAUAAGGAAAGGAAUGGUGAUGGUCUCCCCAAAGCUGAUGCCACAGGCCACCUGGGAGUUUGAGGCUGAGAUUUUGGUGCUACAUCAUCCGACUACAAUAUCCCCGAGAUACCAGGCCAUGGUUCAUUGUGGCAGUAUCAGGCAAACAGCGACCAUCCUUUCCAUGAAUAAAGACUGUCUAAGGACAGGCGACAAGGCCUUGGUCACCUUUCGCUUCAUUAAGACCCCGGAGUACCUGCACUGUGACCAGAAGCUGGUGUUCAGGGAAGGACGCACAAAAGCUGUGGGCACUGUCACUAAGCUUCUCCAGUCAGUGAGCACCCAGGCGGCCAAGGCCCAGCAGUCCAAGUUACAGGCCAGUAGGAAGACGCCGGGCAGUGAGGAGGCUGGAACAACAGCACGACCGCCGAGCCCUAACGCAGCGCAGCUACCAACAGUGGCAGAGGAGGAGGCUCUAUGUAAAGAUGGCAACAAAGAAAACAAGCUCAAGUCUGGAAGCGGAGGACGCAGGAGAGGUGGUCAGAAACAUCGAGGGAAAGGCCUGAACGCCGCAAACAUCUCCACACCGGUGGCUGCAGGAGCAGCAGGCACAGCGUGAAAAAAAAACACACAAGUAGAUAAAAAAAAAAAGCACAACCUUUCAUUUCUCCUCAGCCCAUGUCAUCUGGUUACAUAGAGGAAAAGUGACUGCAGGGUCCUCUGGUUGCGGUAAACACACUAACACACAGUUACAAUUCUUGUUCUUAGUUUUAUUGCAGGGAAGUGCAAUUUAUAGGUGACAUUAUAUAACAUUUUCCUUCUCUAAUACAAAUGUUUAAAGGGUGUUUGAGCAGUUCUUUGACAGCAUUAACAGUUUUUUCCUCAGCGAGCAGAGGCGUCGGUCACUUUCCCCCUCAUUACCAUUUUUCUCUUUGUUCAUCCUCUCAUGACCAGCUCAACUGAAACUAAAAUGAAUGCACCUUUUUCUGUGCUGUCACAUCAGUGAUUUAAGGUGGUCCAUGGUGUUUACGACUAUUUAAAAAUAAGAAAAAGAAAAAAAGAAGCACCCUUUCAUUGUGAAAAACUGACUGAAAUCAAAUGGAAUUGAUGCCAAACUAUCAGUGUCUCACAUAAGCUUAAUAAUACACCACUUUGUUUCGCUUAAACCAAUAUUCUGGUUGGUGAAUCCACCCUCUGAAGCGAAGUAGAGAUGACUUUGGGUAUAUUUUGUGGCCAGUUAACAGUUGUUUGCCCUUGGAUUAACUAACACUCUAUCAAACAUUUAUCUUCUCAAAGAUGAAGAGAAAAGUCUGACAUUUUGACAUUAAACACAUGUUAAACUUCUUGUA